AGUUUCGAUCUCUACAUUUAUGCUGGUGGGUAUUGGUCACCCGACGAUGCAUAUCUUGGUAGAGAGGCACAUCCAUCUGGAAAACACUUGGCUGAAGGAUUUAGUUUGCCAAAGAAAGAGGAUAUUGAUGAUGCUGAGAUAAUGGAGAAAGUGUUACAUUACGGAGUAGGGUCAGGUGCGAUAACAUUAUUUGCUGUCCGAGAAGAUGAUCCUUACAUAGGUCGGAGAGCAGGUCUUACAAGUUGCUGGUUAUCUGAUGAAGAAGAAGAUGGUUUGACUGAAGAAGAAGGUGGUUUGGCUGAAAAUGAUGAUAGAGAUGAUGAGGCAGAAAUUAGAGAGAAUGCUGAUUAUUUAGGUGAUGUUUAUGAAAGUGCAAAUGAUACUGAUACUGAUUGUGAUAGUGAUGACAAUCAAAUGCAUAAGAUAGAUGAUUGCAAAUAUAAGAAAAUUUGA